CCCAUACAACGCUGCUGUCACUGCUGUUAGUGCUGUUCUUAUCGGCGAGCAUGCUCGAUUUCGAUGUGACUUUCACCUACCUGUGCCGCGCGCACAAACGCUGCUGCUAUUGACUUGUAUUGAUAACUGAGACAGCUAUUCAGUCAAGACAGCUUCAAUGAUGAAGCGAAGUUAUGGGAAAGCGGGGGCAGUCGCGCCUGUCAACGACGUAUUUCCUUAUCUUCUGUCAACGCACUUCUUCGACUGUUGAAUGAUCAAGUCAAUUCGCAACCCAGUUUUCUCAUCAAGCUUUUGGAGUCCAGUAAUUAGCGGCUUUUUGCAGUCAGAAGUCCACUGCAGCUUACGCCUCUAGCCUCACAGCUGGUGUAGCCGGCAUCAACUUGAUCGUCUCAAGAUCCCCGUUCGACAGCUUGACUUCAGCAAACAUGCAUGUUGCGGUUCCAGAGUAUCUGGGCGAGUACAGUUCCUCUGGGGAGAUCUACCCCAUAGCCAUCUUCUUCUCGACCCUCGCCUGGGGCUCAUGGCUGCUCUGCGUAGCACCACUCAUUUGGCACGCCACCCAGCGGAAUGUUGCAGCUGGCUCGCUCAUGCUCUGGAUCAUCCUCACCAACAUCUCCCUAGGUAUCAACCCUCUCAUCUGGGGUCACGACGACAUCGCCCAGUGGUGGGACGGUAAAGUAUGGUGUGACAUCAACGUUCGCAUCCAGAUUGGGGCACAGGUCGCCUUGGGCGCGUCUAUCGCCAUGAUCCUUCGCAGACUCGCCAAAGUCAUGGACACACGCAAUAUUACCGUCUCACUCAGCAGAAGCAGCAAGCUGAGGGGUCAACUCAUCGAGGCUGGAUGGUGCUGGGGCUAUCCUCUAGUGAUCAUCUUGCUUUAUAUCCCCGUCCAAUCUGCCCGAUUCAACAUCUGGGGCAUCGAAGGCUGCAUUUCCGCAUACCGCCCGAACAUGCACAGUCUGUUCCUAGUUGUCAUUUGGAUGCCGGUCACCAUGCUGGCGGUGUUCUUCUACGCAGUCUUGCUCCUUGUUCGCCUCUACCGCUAUCGACGUGAGUUCUCCCGUCUCAUGACGGCCCGUAACACCACCCGAUCACGCUUCCUCCGCCUUUUCCUGAUGUGUAUGGUGUUCCUUGUCAUCGUGGUGCCCUACUCGAUGUAUCCGUUCUGGUACUACUGCAAUGAGAUGGUCUUGAACGGCGGUGAUUACGAAUACACCCCAGGUACAAUCUUUCCCUUCCCCUCCGGAGGCCAAAUACAUAUCGACAAAUGGGGCCAGAUCGUUAUGGGUUACGUCGCCGCUCUGCUCUUCGGCACCGGCACAGAUGCGUACAAUACCUACAAGAAGAUGCUGCUUGCGAUUGGUCUGGGCAAGAUCUUUCCCAGCCUGUACGUCAUGUGUGAGAGUGGCUCGAGCACGCCGAGCAGCUACGUCUCAGCACGCACGUGGACAUCGUCAUGUGUUGGCAAGGCAAAGAGCUAUUUCUCGAAGGGUGGCUCGACGUUCAGCUCGUUCGGAGGCAGCACCUUCGCCAGCACCCGCAACAACUCGGUCGACAUGGACAGCAUGGAUGCAACCGUCCGCCAGGUCUUGAGCACUGCGUCUGUCUUUCCAGACCGCGAUUCUACUGCCUCCAACCCCUCGAUGCUCAAGCGUCUCUUCUCCCACACCACCCGUCCUACGACCAUCCUGCCCUUGUUCACGCAGCGCUCAACGACAACCGGGACCGCUGCCGAGACGGGCGCGGUGCAGACUGUGACCGAGGUCUUCACGGCACAGGCAUGGGCGUCCAAAGAACCUCAAAGACGGUGCGACAGCGAACCCAUUGGUGUCGUUGUGUUCCGCGAGGUGCAUCUCGACGAGGAGGUGCGAGACAGUACUGGAAAUAAGAGCGCAGAUGAGUGGAUGCUCAGGCCGUGAGGGAUGGACUUGCGAUGAGAGCUUAGUUUCUUUUAUACAUGGGUAUGGUUAGGGUGAUGUGAUGUGCAGGGUUUGUGAGCGUCGUCGGCGUGCGAUGGGAUGUGAUUCAUGCACUUCUCCUACAACACCAGCCACAUCAAUGGCAU